AUGACGCCAUUCACAUUCUCCCGAUUCCCCCUCCUCUUCGCCCUCCUGGUUCAUGCCGCCCUCCUCUCCCACCAUCUCGCGUCGGCCGCUAUCGCCACCGUAGGCGGUCGCACAAUAAUUGGCGACGCAAUCGUCGCAGGAAAUGCGCACAGGCGACGGUUAGAGGGCCCCCUGGUGUCGCACGGUCCGUUCCACCGGCGGCUGUGGAACCCUUUCGGCGGUUUCAAGAAGCCAACCAAGAAGCCGCCGCCUAAGACCGGCGGCGCGGGCAAGCAGUCGGCGGCCGUCGCGUGCGAGGGCGUGCAGUGCCCGCAAGGCGCGGCGUGCGUCGCGGACGGCAACGGCUUCCCCUUCUGCAAGUGCGACGGGACCCUUGCGCUGAUCAACGGCUCGUGUGUGCCAGCCGUGGACGGGCAGGUGGUGGCGACAAGCGUGCUGCUAUUCUCCUCCGCCGAUUUCUCCCCCGCGCCGCCCUCCGCGCUGCGCGGCGCCAUCCCGAACCGCACGUGCGUGAACCUGCCCGCGUCGCACGCGGGCGCCAUCGGGUCGCUGCGCAUCCUGUGGAGCGUGAAGGACGGCAGCAGCGGCGCGAGUCGCGUGAUGUGCGGGAAGGUGUUUUUCUGGGACCAGCCCGACUGCUGCUGCUCGGGGUCGGGGUGGGAGGUGCCGGGCGGGUGGAAGGCCGCUAAUGCCGCCAAGACCACCUACGCGCCCACCAGCAUUCAAGUAACGGGCGGGGUGGUGGCGGGAGCCAAGUCCAUGUCGUGCCAGGCCUUUGCCGACCCUGCUAGCACCACGGAGCCCGGCACAGGCGUGCCCACCGGCAACACCGGUAGCUCUGGCAGCACUGGUAGCACGGGCGGCAGCACGGGCGGCAGUACGGGAGGCAGCACGGGUGGCAGCGGGGCGUGUAAGGAGACGGUGUGUCCGGCCAACUCCGUGUGUGUGGCCCAGGUCUCUGGCGCGACAUGUAACUGCGUGGCUGGCUACGCCAAGGUCAACGGGCAGUGCGAGGCGAUGGACAUCUGCUCAAUCGUCUCCUGCCCCGCCAACUGCACCUGCUCCUCUUCCGCUGCCAUUGCCAAGUGCUCCUGCCCAGACCGAUGCUACGGGGUCAAGUGUCCGGACGUGGCCACGUGUGUGGUGCAGAGCGGUACGCCCGUGUGCAAGUGCCCCGCGCCCUACACGCGCCUCAUCGACAACAAGUGCUCCUCUGCUGCCCUUCCCAACUCCGACUAUCUCGAUGUUCACAACAACGCCCGCGCUGCUGUGGGGGCCGUGCCACUCGUGUGGGACGACACAUUGGCUUCGCACGCGCUGGCGUGGGCAACAGCGCUCACCAACAGCACGUACAGCUGCGGCCUCACGCACGGCGGCAACAGCGGCGAGGGGCAGAACCUCUCAGGCGCCAGUCCCUCCGGCUGGGCCAGCAAUGCCGCAGCAGCUAGCUGGUGGGUGAACGAGGGGCAGUGGUACACGGCUGCUGUGUUCCCCGACGGCUGUGAGGGCGGCAACUGGUGCAAAUGUGGGCAUUACACGCAGGUGGUGUGGAACAACUCCAAGAAGCUGGGCUGUGCCAAGGCGUCGUGUGGCACGAGUGGGGACGUGUGGGCGUGCCACUACUACCCGCCCGGGAACUACGGCGGCCAGCGGCCCUACGUGCAAGACCCGUGCUUCAGGGUGCAGUGCCCCUCCACCUCCACGUGCUCAGCAGUGGACGGCAAGCCCGUGUGCGCCUGUGAUGCUGGCCAGGUUCUUGUCAACAACGCCCAGUGCCAGCCAGACCCAUGCAAGGGAGUGAGUUGCCCAGUGGGUGAUCUGGUGUGUGAUGGCAGCACAGGCACAGCGCAGUGUGUGUGUCCCAAGGGGCUGCUGCUCGUUGCCCCCAACACGUGCCUGGCGCCGUCAUGUGUGGGAGUGGAGUGCCCCUCAACGGCUCGCUGCAAAGCCACCAGUGGCGGCAUCCCCUUCUGUGCCUGCCCCAUCUCCUACUCCCUCGUCAACGGCACCUGCACUCAAGCCGCCCCUGCCACAGUGACAUCAAGUGUGGUGCUCUACAACGCGCCUUCCUUCACCAACUCACCCGCCUCCCUCGCCCCCACCGUCCUGCGGGCCGCCACGCCUGGCGCCUCAGGAGCAGCAGGCUGUGUCAACAUCCCUUCCUCCCUGGCAGGGGCGGUGGGGUCGCUGCAGAUCCUGUGGGACGUGCCAGAUGGGGCGGCGGGGGUGCGGCAGGUGUGCCGCCUCAUGUGGUUCUGGAACGGGGCCAACUGCUAUGGCCAUGCCACUGGGUGGGGGCGUCCCGGCAACAAUGUCACAACCUCUGCGACUACGAGUGGUGACCGAGAGGGGAGUCUUCCCGCUCUUUCCCCUUCGCUCAUCCCCCUCCUCUCCCCGCACCGCCCUUCCGUCCGCCUGUCCGCGCCCGCCCGGGCCGCCACAGCCGUCGUGGCGUGCACGAACGUGACGUGCCCGCAAGGCGCGGCGUGCGCCGUGGACGGCAGCAACUUCCCCUUCUGCAAGUGCAACGAGACCCUCGCGCUGAUCAACGGCGCGUGUGUGCCAGGUGAGAUCAACGGCGCGUGUGUGCCAGGUGAGAUCAACGGCGCGUGUGUGCCAGGUGAGAUCAACAGCUCGUGUGUGCCAGGUGAGACCCUGCCCAUUCUCUCCCCCUCGCCUGCACUCCGUUCCCUCUCCUUCCCCUUCCCCUUCAACCCCCUCCCACUCCCCUUCUCUUCCCCAUCCGCUCCCCUGUUCUCCUCCCACUCCUCCCCCCUCCCCUCCCUCCGCCCAGCCGUGGACGGGCAGGUGGUGGUGACGAGCGUGCUGCUAUUCGCCACCGCCAAGUACUCCCCCGCGCCGCCCGUCGUGCUGCGCGGCGCCAUCCUGAACCGCACGUGCGUGAACCUGCCCGCGCCGCGUGCGGGCCCCGUGGGGUCGCUGCGCAUCCUGUGGAGCGCGAAGGACGGAAGCAGCGAUGCGAGCCGCGUGAUGUGCGGGAAGGUGGUGUUUUGGAACCAGAGCGACUACAGCAGGUCGUCUUCGGCCCUUGAGGUGCCGGGCGGGUGGAAGAAGGCUGACGCGGCCAAGACCACCUACGCCGCCACCAGCAAGGUGGCAGCGGGAGUGGUGCUGAAAGCGCAGUCCAUGUCGUGCCUCACCGCCAUCGCCCCCAAAGGUCCUUCUCUUGUUCUCAUUCGUCCCGUUGCUCGUCUCUUUUCGUCUCCCGUCAUCCAUUCACCUGUGCCUUCAUGCUCCUUCCACUCCCUCUCCUGCCACCCGUUUCCCCCCCUCCCUUUGCCCAUUCACUCCCUCUCACCAGUGGUGGACAUGUGUAAGAUUGUCACCUGCCCCACCAACUGCAACUGCUCUUCUGCUGGCAUUGCCAAGUGCUCCUGCCCAGACGCAUGCUACGGGGUCAAGUGUCCGGACGUGGCCAUGUGUGUGGUGAAGGGCGGUACAGUGGUGUGCCAGUGCCCCGCACCAUUCACACGCCUCAAUGACAACAAGUGCUCCUCGGCCGACCUCCCCCACUCCGAGUACCUCGAUGUUCACAACAACGCCCACGCUGCUGUGGGGGCCGUGCCUCUUGUGUGGGAUGACGCAGUGGCGGCGCACGCGCAGGCAUGGGCGACAGCGCUGACCAACACGUCCUACAGCUGCUCAAUCGUGCACGGAGGGCAUGACGGCGAGGGGCAGAACCUCGCCUCUGCCAGCCCUGCGGGGAUCAAGACGGGCGCAGAUGCGUCGGGGUGGUGGGUGCACGAGGGGCAGUGCUACACCGUGGACGUCCACCCCAACGGCUGUGCGGGCGGCAACUGGGCCAAGUGUGGGCACUACACGCAGGUCAUUUGGAACGACACGCGCAAGCUGGGCUGCGGCAAGGCAUCGUGCGCGGGUGCGGACGUGUGGGCGUGCCACUACUACCCGUCGGGCAACUGGGGCGGCCAGUGGCCUUAUGGUGAGCGCCCUGCUGCUCAACCCCUCCACCUCCACGUGCUCAGCAGUGGACGGCAAGCCCGUGUGCAUGUGUGGAGCGGGUCAGGCGCUCGUCAACAGCUCGCAGUGCCUACCAGCAUUGGAGUGAGCUGUCCAGCAGGCGACCUGGUGUGUGACGGCAGCACCGGCACGGCACAGUGCUCCUGCCCCAAGGGGACGGUGCUCGUUGCCCCCAACACGUGCCUCGCGCCGGUAUGUGUGGGGGUGCAGUGCCCCGCCAUGUCUCGCUGCAGGGCCAGCAAAGACGACAUCCCCUUCUGUGCCUGCCCUGCUUGCUCCUCCCUCGUCAACGGCACCUGCACUCAAGCGACCCCUGCCGCAGUGGCAACGAGUCUGGUGAUCUACAACUCGCCCAACUUCACCAAAUCACCCGUCUCCCUCGCGCCCGUCGUGUUCCGAGCCGCCACGCCCGACGCGGGCUGCGUCAACAUCCCGGCAGCCUUCGCAGGGGCGGCAGGAUCGAUCAAAAUCGUGUGGGACGUGCCGGACGGGGCGGCGGGGGUGAGGCAGGUGUGCAAGCUGAUGUGGUUCAACAAUCGCACCGACUGCUCUGGCUGGUCCAGCGGCUGGUGGGGCGGUAGCAGCGGGGCGUGUGCAGCGGGAUGCCCGGCCAACUGCGUGUGUGUGUGUGUUGGAGGGCACUGGCGCUCCAAGGCCAAUGGGCAGAUUGAGGGGAAGCAGCAUUUGGAUUUUGUUCAUUCUCGUUCGCCCUUCCUUUUCCUCGUUCCUUCUCCCGUUAUACACAUCUGUGCCUUCAUUCUUCUUCCACUCCCUCCUUCUCCCCCCCACCCUUUCGUACCUUGCUUCCACCUGCCACCCAUUCCCCCACCCGCAAUCUCUCUCCCACUGCCCCUCUCACCAGAGGUGGACAUGUGUAAGAUCGUCACCUGCCCCCUCAACUGCACCUGCUCCUCUUCUGCUGGCAUUGCCAAGUGCUCCUGCCCAGACCCAUGCUACGGGGUCAAGUGUUCGGACGUGGCCACGUGUGUGGUGCAGGGCGGUACAGCGGUGUGCCAGUGCCCAUCGCCCUACGCGCGCCUGAUCGACGGAAGGUGCUCCUCGGCCGACCUCCCCCACUCCGACUACCUCGAUGUUCACAACCACGCCUGCGCUGCCGUGGGAGCCGUGCCACUCGUGUGGGACGACUCAUUGGCGGCGCACGCGCAGGCAUGGCCGACAGCACUCUCCAACAGCACGUACAACUGCUCCCUCGUGCACAGCGGGCAUGACGGCGAGGGGCAGAACCUCGCAGGAGGCAGCCCCUCGGGGCAGCUGACGAAUGGAGCAGCAGCGCAGCUGUGGGUGAACGAGGGCCAGUGGUACUCCGUGGCUGUUUUCCCUGAUGGCUGUGCGGGCGGCCAGUGGGAAAAGUGUGGGCACAACACGCAGGUCAUUUGGAGCGACACGCGCUCGGUGGGGUGUGGCAAGGCAUCGUGCGGCACGAGUGCGGACGUGUGGGCUUGCCACUACUACCCGCCAGGCAACUACGGCGGUCAGCUGCCCUAUGUGCAAGACCUGUGCUUCAGAGUGCAGUGCCCCUCCACCUCCACGUGCUCAGCAGUGGACGGCAAGCCCGUGUGCGCCUGUGCUGCCGGUCAGGCGCUCGUCAACAGCUCGCAGUGCCUACCAGACCCGUGCAUUGGAGUGAGCUGUCCAGCAGGCGACCUGGUGUGUGAUGGCAGCACGGGCACGGCGCAGUGCGCCUGCCCCAAGGGGACGCUGCUUGUUGCCCCCAACACUUGCCUCUUGCCGAUAUGUGUGGGGAUAGAAUGCCCCUCCACGUCUCGCUGCACGGCCACCAGCGACGACAACCCCUUCUGUGCCUGCCCCGCCUCCUACUCCCUUGUCAACAGCACCUGCAUUCAAGCGGCCCCCACCACAGUGACAACCAGCCUGGUGCUCUACAACUCGCCCAACUUCACCAACACACCCGCCUCCCUCGCGCCCGUCGUGCUCCGAGCCCCAACGCCCGGCGCGGGCUGCGUCAACGUCCCUGCACCCUUUGCAGGAGCGGUGGGGUCAAUAAAAGUCCUGUGGCACGUGCCAGACGGGGCAGUGGGAGAGCGGCAGACGUGCGGGCUGAUGUGGUUCAACAACGACACUGACUGCUCUGGCUGGUCCAGCGGCAAGUACAAGGCUGCCAACGGUCUCACAACCUUGGAGUGA